CCAAGUGGCGCUUAAACCCCGUGAUGACCCGCGACGGCAGCCUCGGGCGGCGAUGCCUCGCGAGCGUCGCCGUCGCCCGCCGCUCCCCUUGCGACGUGCUCCCCGCCGCAGCCUUCUCCUCCUCCUCCUCCACCUCCACUCCACGGCAGGCUGCCGAUUCCCUUGAACUAGAUGCGGAUGCCAUCGCCGCCUCCGUGCGCUGUUGCCGUUGGCCUGCUCUCGACCCCCUUCUACCCCGCCUCUCCCAUCCUCUCCUCUCCGCCGUCCUCCUCCGCCUCCGCCCCUCCCCCGACCUCAUCCCCCGCUUCCUCCACCGCGUUGGACUCCACCGCCUCGAUCUCCGCUCCCUCUCUACCGCCGCCGCAAUCCUCUCCUCCCUCCGCCCGCCCAACCCCGCCCUCCAACUCCUCAAGAAAGCCAUCAGCGCCCGCCGCUCCGACCUCCCAAAGCAUCUCUUCGACGCCCUUGUCGAAGCCCACCAGGAGCUCGAGCUCUCUGACCCCCCUGUGGUGUUCGAUCUGUUGCUCAAGGCCUACGCCGACGCCGGAGAGCCGGAGAGAGCUCUGCAAGUGUUCUAUCUCAUGAAAGAUGCCAACUUUGUUCCAAGGAUCGAGUCUUGCAACGCUUUGUUGAGCGCGUUCUUGAAGUCGGAUCACAAAGACAGAGCUUGGGUUUUGUAUGCCGAAAUGUUUCGUAUGAGGAUUCCCUCGACUGUUGUGACGUUCAACAUCAUGAUCAAUGUGUUGUGCAAGGAAGGGAAGCUCAAAAAGGCUAAAGCUUUCAUGCAGCACAUGGAGAGCUUUGGGGUUUGGCCGACAGUCAUCACCUAUAACACCAUUAUACAUGGGCAUUGCUCACGCGGCAAGGUCCAAAUGGGUAUCGAGAUGUUGGAUAUCAUGAGGGAGAAGGCGAUUGAGCCCGAUUCCUACACCUAUGGCACACUCAUUUCUGGGCUGUGCAAGGAAGGGCGGCUGCAAGAUGCAUCGAUGAUGUUUGUUGAAAUGCAAGACAGAGGUUUGGUCCCAACUGCCGUAACCUACAAUGCUUUGAUUGAUGGGUGCUGCAACAAGGGAAACUUGGAUGAUUCAUUUAGGUACAGGGAUGAGAUGGUGGAGAAGGGAAUCGAGCCAACUGUGUGCACCUACAAUUUGCUUGUUCAUGCUUUGUUCAUGGAGGGGUGGAACGAGGAGGCUCAUACUUUGAUUAAAGAGAUGGAACAAAAAGGAAUGGUACCUGAUGCAAUCACAUUUAACAUUUUGAUCAAUGGGUACUGCAAGGAAGGGAAUGCCGAUAAGGCAUUCAAGAUGUUUGAGGAGAUGAAAGGGAAAGGGAUUCGUCCAACUAGGGUAACUUACACUUCCUUGAUUUACGGUUUUUGUAAGAAAAACCGAUUAGCUGAGGCCGAUGGUUUAUUUAAAGAGGCCAUGCAUAAGGGUUUGUUGCCGGAUCUCGUGAUGUAUAAUGCAUUAAUUGAUGGACAUUGUGGUGGUGGAAAAAUGGAGCGAGCUUUCGAGCUUCUGAAGGAGCUGGAGAGAAAAAAGAUAGCUCCUGAUGAAGUUACUUUCAAUUCACUGAUGAGGGGGCUCUGUUUGUUGGGAAAAGUUGAAGAGGCCCGUGGACUAAUUGACGAGAUGACCAGACGGGGGAUCAUACCUGAUCUUGUUAGUUAUAAUACUUUAAUCAGUGGUUAUAGCAGAAGAGGUGAUGUGAAGGAUGCUUUAAGUGUAAGAGAUUUAAUGCUGAGUAGGGGUUUCAAUCCUACACUUAUAACAUACAAUGCCCUGAUACAAGGUUUGUGUAAAAAUGGGGAAGGCGAUCAUGCUGAGCAGCUUCUUAAGGAGAUGGUGAGCAAAGGUAUCACUCCUGUUGACAGUACGUACAUGGCACUGAUUGAGGGCCUCGGCGAUGGCAAGAACACAAUAAAGAAUGAGUAACGUUAAUGUGUCAAGCUCAUGUCCACCAAAUUCAAUGGUGAAACUGCUGCAGCACAUCUUCGUCGUAACUUAUCUGAACUUAUACUCGAUCAUUUGAUGAAAUCUGUCCAGUUAUAUCAUGGAUAGUUGGCUCCUUGCUGACACAUUAUACUGAAGGUGUCAAGGUGUUCAUUUCUUGGUGAUUGGUAUUUAUAUGUCCCUAAGGAAUUGUUUUGAGUCACCAUCCACUAGGUAGAGAAGGCAUAGGCACUUGUUUUUAUUUGUUUGAUGAGUUAAUCAGAGACAUUGUAAUCCAUAUUGUAGCAUGAAAAAUGGUUCUGGAAAUUAGUUGGAUAUUAAUAGUUCAGAAACCAAGUGAAUUCAAUUAUUAUUUUUUUUGCUGGA